AUGGAUUCAAGCAAUGCAUUUUCACCUGAUUUAACGCCAAUAAUUCAAUCAGUUCAUUAUAAUAAUCAUGAGAUGAUACAAAUAUUCUUAUCACGUAAUCAUACAAUUGACAAACCACAUUCGAUAUCAUGUCAAUGGAAUGGUUGUCAAGUUAGACAAGAUUACGAUUCAUUGAAACGUUCACGUUCUAGGCUAAAUGUUUACCGUGCCUUAGCAAGUCCAGUUUAUCUGGCAUUAAACAGUGCUGAUCCAAUAAUGACAAUAUUUCAUCUACGUCAACAAAUUAUGAAAUAA